AUGCUAAAACAGUUCUCCGCACUGAUCACUAGAAGACUUUCCUCUUUUCAUAAUGACAGCAUCUUCCAAGUUCAACCUUCAGUUUUGCAAGCAUUGGCUGAAACCCGCCCGGUGGUGGCGCUAGAGAGCACUAUCAUCACUCACGGCAUGCCCUAUCCUCACAAUCUUAGCACUGCCAGAGAGGUGGAAGCCAUCGUCAUGGCCCAAGACGCCACCCCUGCCACUGUCGGGGUGAUUAAGGGCAGAGUUCACAUCGGUCUGUCCGCGGAGGAAUUGGACUUCUUGGCUCGGUGUGAUAACUCUGUCAAAAUUUCCCGGCGUGACCUGCCAUAUGUGGUUAGCCAAGGGCUUUCUGGUGGGACAACAGUGUCGGCCACUAUGAUAGCAGCACAGCGAGCUGGUAUCUCUGUAUUUGUCACUGGAGGCAUUGGGGGAGUGCACAGAGAUGGAGAGAAUAGUCUGGAUAUCAGUGCUGAUCUAACAGAACUGGGCAGGACUCCUAUUGCUGUCGUGUCUGCUGGAAUCAAGUCCAUUCUAGACAUUGGACGCACUUUGGAGUUCCUAGAGACGCAGGGUGUUUGUGUCGCCACUUAUGGACCAUCAAAGGAUUUCCCAGCCUUUUUCUCCCCACUAAGUGGUUUCACCUCCCCGUACCAAGUCAGCGACCCUGACAAGGCCGCGCAACUCAUAGAAAGUGCUUUGACACUAAGUGUCAACAAUGGUGUGCUAAUAGCUGUGCCCAUCCCACAAGAGCACGCAGCAGCAGGCCAGCAAAUAGAACAAGCAAUACAGACAGCCAUAGCUGAGGCAAGUGGUCAGCGUAUCACAGGAAGAGACGUGACACCAUUCAUUCUCCAAAGGGUUAACGAGCUGACGCAAGGAAAGUCCCUUCAAGCCAACAUUGCACUCAUUCAUAACAACGCUAAAAUUGGCAGCCAGAUAGCCUGUGCGCUUUCAAAGCGGAUGAAAAAAAGAAAGUCAAGCAGCGUAGCACAUCAUCCCUCGAAACAAUCUGAAUCUGAUAUUGUUGUCAUCGGGGGUAUAAAUGUGGAUUUUAUUGCAAAAGGAAAAACGAAAAGUCUUCUAUUUGGACAGACAAACCCAGGAAGUGUUAGUCAGUCAUAUGGAGGCGUAGGACGAAACAUCGCUGAUUGUCUGAGUCGUCUGGGCCAUCAGCCGAUGUUCAUCUCAGUCACUGGUGCCGAUUCUCACAGUGAUGCCGUCUUCAACUACUGCAAACAUAUGAACACAAGUGGCGUGAUGAGGUUGGAAGGCCAAAGUACAGCAACUUACUGUGCCGUGAUCACUGAAAAUGGAGAACUCAGUCUCGGAUUGGGUGACAUGGAUAUUCACCAGCAAAUAACAGAACAAUAUGUUUCCCAGUUUGAGAAGCAGCUUUUGUCAUCCACCCUGGUGUGUCUUGAUGGAAACAUCCCAACCUCCACCAUCAAAUACGUUUGCUCUGUCGCAAAAGAGCACAACAUCAACGUUUGGUAUGAACCAACAGAUUCAGAAAAAGCUUCUAAGCCCUUUCUGUCUGACGCCUGGAAGUCGUUGUCCUACGCAUCUCCCAACCUGGCAGAAUUGUGUACCAUGAACAAAACACUUGGCCUCCAAACACCUGAUGUGCUUCCAAACUCACUGGAGCAGGUACUGAGUUUGGCUGUGGACCUCUCACGCCCCCUGCUGGAGCAUCUCCACUGUUUAGUGGUGACCCUGGGGGAGAAUGGUGUGUUGGUGUGUGGUGAGCACCAUGCAGGUUCUGUCAACCUUAAACUAAGGAAACAGAAAAAGACAGGGAAACUAUGUGCGGUCCACUACCCAGCGCUGAGUGUAGCAGCCCAUGAAACGAUGAACGUCUCAGGAGCUGGAGAUAGUUUUGCAGGGGCGCUGAUUGCUGGGAUUAUACAGGGUCGAGACACGGAUGCUUGCGUUCGGAUGGGUCUUCUCGCCGCACGCCUGUCCCUUACAUCACCGCAUCCAAUCGCCCCUGUGCUGACUACACACUCUGUCGACCCCGACUGCAUCCAAAAUCACAGCUGGCCUAAACCGGCAUUUAUGUGGGUUGCCUGA